UACUCGUAAACUACUCCGGCCAUACACAUAUAUUUCAGGACCACUCGGUCGCCGGAUCCGACGCCACCGGUGACUCUCUGUUAAGUAGAAUCUCGACCUUGGCGGCAUUUCCGACCUAAGUCAUCUUCUUUUCGAUACCAACUUAACACGACCACCCCUACCACCCUACCUGGUCAUUCGACCUUAAUUUUUCCUACAUGAACGACCUUAAGGACCGGCUACAGCAACUGGGACUGUCCCAGUAUUUCGAGGAUCUUGUGGCCGAGGGUUUCGACACCUGGGCCACAGUACUAGACAUUACCGAAUCUGAUUUAAGUCACCUCAAUAUCAAGCUUGGGCAUCGCAGGAAGCUCCAAAGAGGGAUAGCAGAGUCGCGAGGACAGUCCGCUCAUCGCCCGUUGCCAACCACGCUCAACAGGGUCACAAGUGCCGAGGGAUCCUAUCGCAGCGACGAUGACUCGGCUGAAAACGUAGUGAAACGAGCGGAGUCAUCAACAGUUGGUACGACAGGGACGAGCACCAAGCGAAAGUAUCGUCGGCACCCUAAACCGGAUGAGCACGCCCCAGAGCGGCCCCCAUCGGCCUACGUCAUCUUCUCCAACCAAGUCCGAGAGAGCUUGAAGGGACAAGACCUUUCUUUCACUGAGAUUGCCAAGGUCGUAGGUGAGAAAUGGCAAAUAUUGCCGGUAGAAGAACGCGAAAGUUGCGAACGACAAGCAAACUCUGCGAAGGAGAAAUACUAUGCAGGACUGGCCGAAUAUAAGAAAACAUCGCAAUUCGCCAUCUACCAGCAAUAUCUGGAGGACUUCAAGGCAAAACAUGCCGGACCUACCAAAGGUGCGUCUCCUUGUGGCCUUACAACGGUUUCACGUAGCACGUUAGUGACAGAUAUAAAAGGCAAGCGUUCGAAGCUACAGACAGAGAGGAGUACAUCAGUACGAAACAAUAGCUACGAGCAGGGUGAGCGAGCAUUAGAUAGAAGGCUCAGCUCGACGCAGCCCGAAUACUUCACAACAGGACACCAUCGACUUCAACCUAGUCCACCAACACCUGGUGUCCCGAGUCUCUCGAAAGCCCCUUCGUCUUUUUCAAAACCUUCAUCGCCGAUCCCGCAUUCGAUUUCUGGGUUCAACUCGCCUCGGAUGGACCAGCAUUACUCUCCUGCGGCUACUUCUCCACGAGCCAUGACCACACAACAGGAAUCUGUGUUUGAAGUGGCCUCUGUCCAUAUAGCACGGGAUUCGAGAGCGCGGCAAGAUGUCAAUAUGCCGUACCACUCUUCCUUGUACACGCAACCUAUGCAUCAACUCCCACCCACGACUUCCCCGCCACAUACUCAUGCUCUCCAUUACCAAAGUCCUGUCGAGGUAACCUCACACUCGCGACGGCAAAUGCUUGAAUCUACACGGCUUCCUCCCCUCACUCAUGAAGAUUCUACAUGGUCUUCCGAAAGCGGUCAUAGUGGAUAUAACCUUCCAUCGGCGGGGUUUUCUGGACAGCUUCCUCUGGUCGAUCCAGUCAAAUCACUGCGCACACUUCCCCAGCCGAUGCCUAACAUGGUGCCCGUCAUCUCGCCGUUGGAUCGACUGCCACUCGCCACGUCCCCACCACUUCAGCAUCAAUCUCGUGACUAUCGUGCACAAGGCUCACUCGCAGUCCUAAUAAGAGCCGGUGAACUGGCAGCCAGAGCCGCAGAUGAAGAAGCCAUGGAAAAAAACCCCACUCCGUAAGUUCGCAAGUCGAUUCGACCCAAGAGAAUUUGGUGUAUGGAGAAUUUGAUGGCCUCGACAAUCAAAUAAAAAAGCGCAUCAAUACACUCUCUAAGGGCCAGGGUCUUAGAACUUAGAUUCGCUCAUGUCAAAGCUUAGCGACUCGUCUGACAACCCGAUACCUGCCAUGUGGUAUCUCAGAACACCACUUCGGAUCUCGACCACGAACUUACGCGCUACAUUCAAUCUUUGAUUUGGAAUAAAGUACUAUGGCUGGAGGAGGAGAGAGGUUAUGGACUGAUAACAUGCGCCUUGCCAUGUGAGCAAUGCACUUUGCAUUUCUAAUGUUUACAAAUUCCGGUCUCACCGUAGAUGCCUUUUGAUACCCAUAGAAGCGACCACUCAGAUACUCAUAGCAUCUAAAUUAAGAAGCAGCAUGCGUACG